AUGUCAUACUUAUCAACAAGAAAUCCACAAAUACGAGCACAAGAAGGACCAAUACCAGCUAAAAGCCUGAACGCAGGUUUAUUGAAAUCAUAUACAUCUGAGUUAUUAGGCUCUACUGCAUCUCAGACAAGUAACUCAGAAAUUAAUGUAACUCCUACACCUUCUGGAAAUAACACUACAGUUUUACCUGCGAGUACUAUGUCAUACUUAUCAACAACAGAAACUGGGGAAUUUAUCACACUGAUAAACAAAACUGCAUCUUUCUCACUGCUGACUACUACAGCUGAAACAACAACUGAUACAAAACCUACCAAGGGUACAUCAGGUUCUGAAACAAAUGCAUCAACCAUUAAAGAACUGACUACAACUGAAUUAAUAUUUGCAAAAUCAAUUACUGAAGGAAUUACAUUUCUUGAAACCCAUUCUUCUCAUGUAACAGAAUCUAGCAAAACCACAUUAACAUCCAUAACUGAAUCUACUGACAGCAGUACAACUCCAGGGACAACUGCAUCUUCUGUAAAUGUGGCCAUGACCUCCGGUCAUCCAGCUAUGGCUGAAACUUCUAAAGCAUCAUAUACAUCUGAGUUAUCAGGCUCCACAGCAUCUCAGACAAGUAACUCAGAAAUUAAUGUAACUCCUACACCUUCUGGAAAUAACACUACAGUUUUACCUGCGAGUACUAUGUCAUACUUAACAACAGCAGAAACUGGGGAAGCUAUCACAAUGAUAAACAAAACUGCAUCUGUUUCACUGCUGACUGCUACAGCUGAAAUAACAACGGAUACAAAACCUACCGAGGGUACAUCAGGUUCUGAAACAAAUGCAUCAACCAUUACAGAACGGACUACAACUGAAUUAAUAUUUGCAAAAUCAACUACUGAAGGAAUUACAUUUCUGGAAACCCAUCCUUCUCAUGUAACAGAAUCUAACAAAACCACAUUAACAUCCAUAACUGAAUCUAAUGACAGCAGUACAACUCCAGGGACAACUGCAUUUUCUGUAAAUGUGGCCAUGACCUCCGGUCAUCCAGCUAUGGCUGAAACUUCUAAAGCAUCAUAUACAUCUGAGUUAUCAGGCUCCACUGCAUCUCAGACAAGUAACUCAGAAAUUAAUGUAACUCCUACACCCUCUGGAAAUAACACUACAGUUUUACCUGUGAGUACUAUGUCAUACUUAACAACAGCAAAAACUGGGGAAGCUACCACACUGAUAAACAAUGCUGCACCCAUCUCACUGCCGAGUACUUCAGCUGAAAUAACAAUGGAUACAAAACCUACCGGGGGUACAUCAGGUUCUGAAACAAAUGCAUCAACCAUUACAGAACGGACUACAACUGAAUUAACAUUUGCAAAAUCAACUACUGAAGGAAUUACAUUUCUGGAAACCCAUUCUUCUCAUGUAACAGAAUCUAACAAAACCACAUUAACAUCCAUAACUGAAUCUACUGACAGCAGUACAACUCCAGAGACAACUGCAUCUUCUGUAAAUGUGGCCAUGACCUCCGGUCAUCCAGCUAUGGCUGAAACCUCUAAAGCAUCAUAUACAUCUGAGUUAUCAGGCUCCAUUGCAUCUCAGACAAGUAACUCAGAAAUUAAUGCAACUCCUACACCUUCUGGAAAUAACUCUAGAGUUUUACCUGCGAGUACUACGUUAUACUUAACAACAGCAGAAACUGGGGAAGCUACCACACUGAUGAACAAAACUGCAUUUGUUUCACUGCUAACUACUAUAGCUGAAAUAACAACGGAUACAAAACCUACCGAGGGUACAUCAGGUUCUGAAACAAAUGCAUCAACCAUUACAGAACGGACUACAACUGAAUUAAUAUUUGCAAAAUCAACUACUGAAGGAAUUACAUUUCUGGAAACCCAUUCUUCUCAUGUAACAGAAUCUAACAAAACCACAUUAACAUCCAUAACUGAAUCUAAUGACAGCAGUACAACUCCAGGGACAACUGCAUCUUCUGUAAAUGUGGCCAUGACCUCCGGUCAUCCAGCUAUGGCUGAAACUUCUAAAGCAUCAUAUACAUCUGAGUUAUCAGGCUCCACUGCAUCUCAGACAAGUAACUCAGAAAUUAAUGUAACUCCUACACCCUCUGGAAAUAACACUACAGUUUUACCUGUGAGUACUAUGUCAUACUUAACAACAGCAGAAACUGGGGAAGCUACCACACUGAUGAACAAUGCUGCACCUGUCUCACUGCCGAGUACUUCAGCUGAAAUAACAAUGGAUACAAAACCUACCGGGGGUACAUCAGGUUCUGAAACAAAUACAUCAACCAUUACAGAACGGACUACAACUGAAUUAACAUUUGCAAAAUCAACUACUGAAGGAAUUACAUUUCUGGAAACCCAUUCUUCUCAUGUAACAGAAUCUAACAAAACCACAUUAACAUCCAUAACUGAAUCUACUGACAGCAGUACAACUCCAGAGACAACUGCAUCUUCUGUAAAUGUGGCCAUGACCUCCGGUCAUCCAGCUAUGGCUGAAACUUCUAAAGCAUCAUAUACAUCUGAGUUAUCAGCCUCCAGUGCAUCUCAGACAAGUAACUCAGAAAUUAAUGUAACUCCUACACCUUCUGGAAAUAACACUACAGUUUUACCUGCGAGUACUAUGUCAUACUUAACAACAGCAGAAACUGGGGAAGCUACCACACUGAUAAACAAAACUGCAUCUGUUUCACUGCUGACUACUACAGCUGAAAUAACAAUGGAUACAAAACCUACCGAGGGUAAAUCAGGUUCUGAAACAAAUGCAUCAACUAUUCCUGAGCUAAAAACAACAGUGUUAACAUCUGAAAACCCAACCACUGAGGGAAUUACAAUUUUAGGAACCCAUUCUUCUAACAUAACAGAAUCUACCAAAGCUACAUUUAUAUCCAUAACUGAAUCUACCGACAGCAGUACAACUCUAGAGACACUUGCAUCUUCUGUACCUGUGGGCACUACAGCGGGGCAGCCAGCCACGGCUGAAACGUCUAAAGGUACUAUAGCUUUACCAUUUAACGCAUGUAUUUUAGGAGUCUCUAUUCUACAUGACUUGCUGAAGACAUGGAUGAUUUUUUCCUUCUGUUAA